GUUGCCAAGAAGAGGGUGUACAGUGUUGUAGCUGCACUUCAAGAAGAGUUUGUAAGUUAAAUGAAGACCCAAGGACAUGUUACUUUACUGAAGUUUCAGGGCUGUUAAUUCAUCUUUUCAGAAAGGAAAAAUGCCUGCCCAAGUCACUAUUUCAGUCAGACAAACUAGAAAAGUUGUCAGGCAUACAUCUGUACAUUAUAUCGGUUAUCACUCUGACUAAGGGAUAAAUUCUGUCAGACAUCAGUAAAUUUUAGUCAGACAUGGUCAGAUGACCGACUGUUAUUUGCAGCUUUGAGUUUACUGCAGUUUAUAUUACAGACUACAAAAUGUUUUUUCUACUCAGACAAGUACAUUCUUUGGUGUUCUCAAUGGCAGUGGCUAUAUGAAAACUAAAUGAAUCGUACAAAGGAUGAUUAACUUGACAUCAAGCUACAUGUAGGGUUGAUUUUUAAUCAGAAUGUUAUUGAUAACUGGAAUUUAAUUCCCAGUUGUAGUUUUAGAAACAUAACCUUGUGAUAGUGCUGACCGGUUUUUUGGGUAGUAUAAUUAUUAAUUAUUACUCUAUUACACUGAUAAAUAUCCAAAUAAAUAACGAUAAAUUAUCAUUACUAAUGGCAGCCAAUAAAGUUCUUCAUAUUUUGUUUUCCACCAGGGCGCCCUUGUUCCACUGUCAGAAGAAAUUCUUGAACAUCUUCAAACAGAAGGUCGCAGGUUGCUAGCUGAAAGACUGGCCCUUUGCUCAGGAGCUAAUGUCAAGAUGAUAAGCGGUAAUUUUCUUUAGCUUUUAUGGUACUUUUUCUCUGAGAUGCUUUGUAGCUGGUAUAAAAGGAGAGGGGAGGGGAGGGUUAAAAGCCAGUGGAGAUUCCCUCAACCCUGCCCUGUAUACUGAAUGUGGUGUAGCAAGAAGGGGGGAAAUCAUUUCUUUUAUUUUGCUUGUUCUUGUAACCUAUGUGGGAUUGUGUUUCAUGGAAAUGCAAGUAACUCAAGGGAUUAUGCUUGUAGAAUACGAGAAGUAUAGCAUUGUGUAAUAAACAUAAGGUGUCCAACCUGAUUGUAAGAUAUUCAUUCUAGUCACAACUUUACCCAUUUCUUAGAACGUAAGACCGUUUACAUUUUAACCCUUUAAGAUCAAAAUUUGAAUUCUCAUUUGUUGCCUCUAUUCAUUUCCUACAGAAGUAGUGGGGAGAAGGUGUUAAAAGAUCAAGCAAAUUCAUCUUGUGUGAUCAUGCCCGUAAUUCUCAUGACCACUCUGUUUUACAAAGGAUUGAUAUUACAAGGAGAAAUUUGAUGCUGAUCACUCUUAGGGCUUAAAGGGUUAAGGGUGCACACAUGUACAUGCACUUUACCUGACUCAUAAUAAGCAACCACUUACAUAUUGUAGCUACAGUGUAUGUGCAAUAACAUAUUUUUUAAUUCAAAGAUGAUCAUUACUUCGUUUAGACACGCAACUGUUUAUAUCUGGUUACCGUACGUGUGUAAACCUGGCAAAGAAUCAGCUUGCAAAGAUCAAGGUUAUGGUGAGUACUGUAUGCAUCUUUUUUUCUUGCUUGCUCCCUCUCUACUCUUAGCCCCUCGCGUGUCGCACGCGCCUCGCUCGCAAUUUUCGCUUACCUUCCAGUUUGUGUGGAGAAUAUAGGAAGAAGCUUAAACCAUGAAAGCGGCGAAAACGUUAGCAAAGUACAUUCGCGUGACUUGUUCUCAUUGGCCCUUGUUCCAUGCCUUUUCCAUUUGUCAAAUUUUGGUUAAUUUUUCUGUUUUCACACUCUUUGAUAGCUUUUCUUGUUGACACGAAAAGGUAUCUGGUUUUGUAUGUACAGCAACGGUCCGGACUAGAGUAAGUUAUUCACACUUGAAGCAUUGUGCCGGCGCGGUUGGCUGAGAGGGUUUGGUGCACUAAAUAGGCCACUUCCGAGUUCCAAAACCCUUACUUUCAAAAUGAGGCUGGGUGCACAACCUUUCUUGUGAAAAUGAGUUUUAUUUGCAUGAGAAUGAAAAAUGAUUUCCAUAUCAAAGGCUGAGCACCUACCCUCGUUUUGAAACCGAGGCCCGGAGGAACUCGGAAAUGGCUUAUUCCAUCCUCACUCCUAAAUAUAACAUUUACUUCCGUCUUAGUGGGUUGCAGUCCUCGCUCCUACCUAUUCACUUCCGCUAUACGGUGCAAAUACCUGUUCAUACUGUACCGUAGUGUGGCACACAACCUAUCCGAUAUGGGACGCUCCACUUUAGAGAUCGGCGCCGCACAGCUUCGCUCCGUUACAGAAAUCGCGCCGAAAUCACCGUUCUCAUAAAUGUGAUACGUAGCCCUAUCCAGUAUCUGGUAUAGUGUGAACACAGCUAUUGCCUUUUGCCGCUCUCGUACCCGUCGCCGUUGUCAUUACGUAGGCUUCCUAGUAAGACUGUGAAAAAAAUGCACUUUUUAUUUGAGUGUCAAUGUAUUUAGCUCGAAAGUACUAAUUGGGGACACUAUAUUUUACGUCUCCAACUGGAGACGGGACCGCCAUUUUACGUGGUCAUCCGAGCCACGCGAAGGUCUAGCCUGUUGCAGUGCAAAGGGAGUACCUUCAUUUCUCGGUUAUUUUAAGACCCUGAGUAUUGGUCCGGCCCGAGGAAUCGAACCCGCGACCUUCCCGCUCUGCAGUCAACACGCUCUACCGACUGAGCUAAUACUGCCGCGGUAAAAACACUCUUACACCUUAGUAUCUGAAUGUACCCUCACCAUUUGUUGUUAAAUGGUAUUAAGUGUAAUAUCUCUUGAUUUACAGCUAAAGUACACAGAUGAUCCAGACAUCAGUGUAGCAAGUCCAAGCCAACCAGAUAGUGCUGAAGAAGAGAUUGAACGAGUGGGUAGACUGUUCGCAGCAUUAGAAGGGAGACGACAAAGUUUAAAAGGUAAACAUUGCCAAGUAGUCUUCACCCGUAACAGGGUCCGAAAUUAACUUUUUAAUAUGGGCGCCAACUGGUGAGCAAGUAUAAAUUUUUGGUCGCCAGAGGGCAAAUUAUUUUCGCCAAAAAUUCCCCUUGGUGGCUUGGAACGUUCAACUCGUAUUGAUUGUAGCUGUUGUGGAGGUAUAUUUACAGGAAGAUUCGUUUCCCUUUUAAAUUAAAAAAAUAUCAGCAGGACAAAAAGUAAGACACCUGUUGGCAAAGAGCUUCGAGGUUUCAAUUCUUAAUCAUUUUCUCCGAACAUGAAAGUCUACAAUAACAACCAGCUUUACAAGUCGCCAGCUGGCUACCAGCUAUGAAAUUCUGGUCGCCAGGACUGAAUUUUUGGUCGCAUUGGCGACCAGGAAGGCGCAAUUUCGGACCCUGCGUAACAAUAACAAACAAGUAGUGAGCUCGUACUCCUUUCACUAGACGUUUUUAGUUGGAUUUUUUUCCUCAACAACGCAUGCUGUAAUUGGCCAUAUCGAGGCAAUCUCAUCGCCAGAGCCUUUGUUUCACUUAUCUGUAAUGGAAUUUUCCAUUUAGAUUUCAAGGAGGGGUUGAAAGGACGAGUUUCCGCUGAAAGUGUUUGAAAACUCCUUGAAUGUUUUGUUCAGAUGGGAAAUAAUGUAGUGUUAUAUCAAAGUAAUAGAAAAAACCCAGUUGUUGGUAUCCUUGAGUCUUAUAACUUGAUGUCAGACUGUACUGUGGUACUUUAACCUGUGGUGCUACAUUUUCAUCAUGAACCUGCGUGCGUCUCUGUUGUUCGAUAAUGAGCUUGAACUACAUAAAACAAACUUUAAACCAAUGAUAAAACCAAUAUCCUCAACUUGGUCCCUUAGGUCCCGCUUCAAUAACCCAGAUACUUUGCAGUGGAGUUGGUUUCUGUUUCUGAUGAAGGUCAUCCCAUUGGGUGAAAGGAUAAUAGUUAUCUCCCGGAUACUUAAUGCUACAGCACCAAAGGGAAGCUUCGGCUACACGCAUGUUCUUUUCUUUUUGGCUCGUAAUGGUAAUUUAUGCAUUUUAAUCGUGCGCUUAACCUGAGACCAGGCCCAAGUUCAGCAGUUUUCAUAUAUUCUCUCAUACGCAUUCGCGCUUUUAUAGGGCUCUCUAUUCGUUUAGCCUUGCCCGCGGGAAUUUCAAUUCAUAUACCAAGCGAAAAAAAAUAGAGCCUAAUCUCAGGCUAUCUUGCGCUAUUCGUAGCCUUGUGUAUAUGCCUUAAAUUUUUCUUUGAACAAUUUGUUACAGAGCCUAGUACUGCGGAUCUAAAGCCCAGCAAAGGCAGCUUGACAAGGGACUUCUUGCUUGCUUGUGCUUCAUCCCCUAUUGCUCAGCAGCGCCCAGCUGAUCUCAGCUUAGAUAGAACAGAGGAUUGGGUCCAAGCCAUUGUGCUAGUUAAUGUGAGUAUCGGGCUACGUGCAAACGGAUGCAACAUUGUUGACCAACAAUUCCCAACUUUGUUGGAUGUUGCAUGUUGUGUUCGUUUGCACACCCUGUUGCGUGUUGUUGCGCAAAGUUUGAAACCGGUCAAACUUUUCGCCCCGUGCAAACGGACGCAACAUUGUUGGCUUACAACUCCCAACAUUGUUGGGAGCUGUUGCGCCCGUUUGCACGUAGCCUCAGAGUGUUUUAAAAAAGAAUCAUGUGGGGUAUUUGUUCUUUGUGGAGUUGCCUGCGAAUAGAGCCGCCUCCAUCGCUGCCGUCGCGAAGGGACCCUGAUGGCAGAGCCUUUCUUUGAGUUUCACCAGCUCGAUUUUAGCGUAAUCGAGAAAGACACUGCACAAAUUGGGUAAGAUAUUUAUUGAGCAUGUGCAGCCCUCUUGCUGGGAUACCUGGAUAGCUGUGCGCUUGGUACAUGAACAUCGGGCUUAGUUACGAACAUCGGCUUAUCAAUAAACGGAUGCUUGUACUCGGAAAACCAGUUUGAGUAGAAAAAAAAAAACAAAACAAAAUUGACUGGUCCAGGGCCCGGUUCCUAAAAGGCAGAUUAGCGCUUAAUCCAGGAUUAAAAUUUUGUUCCACUUUUUGUAUUGAACUUCCAACGCACUGCUUAGAGUAACAUUUUGUGUUAUCAUUUCUUUUUUUCGAAGUAAAGACACAACAGUAUUUUGUAAGCUCAAGUUACAUGUUCUUAGACAGAAAACCCUUGCUUAAAAUUUGGCUUAAUUCCGGGUUAAACUUAACCAUCUUUCGAAUUCGAGGAACGAGAGGCCCGUUUCUCAAAAGGCCAGGUAACUUUUCGGGUCCAAAGGCAAAUUUUGAAAUCAAAACCUGUUUAAAAGUAGCUCAGUUCCUAACGAGGACGAGAUGUCAAUCCUUUUUUUCCCGCGUGUUAACAUUAGAUAACUUGUUCCGGCCGCUAUGAGAGUAGAAUGACAAAGGCUAUCGCGUUUUCCCGCCGAAAUGAUGUUGGUUCACGCCUGCGCACUAGAUAGUGUUAAGAAAAUCUCGUCCUCGUAGUCGUCUUUGUCUUGGAAUUUAAAGGUAAUCUCAUGCGGGACGAUAUCGCAACGACGAUUUUUAGCGCAGUACAGCCUUGCAAUGUUGGAACAAUGUUGCAGCCAUUCCAAGCAAUGUUGCAACAAUGUUGCAAUGGGGUGUUACGCAAAAAAUCCUGGUUGCCAAUCGUCCUCCAAUCCCGACCCAGUCUCCCUCGAACAUCAAAAUGACCUAUUAAGCAACAUCAAAGCGCCUUGCAAUCCUCGCCACUUAUCUACACACGCAAUAAAACACGUCUGAAAUAGCACCAAAAAAUCGCCUGUGUGAACGGGACUUAAAAACUAUAGGAUUUUACUUUUUGUUAUUUUCAGGGAAGAAGGGGCGAGGAGGUUCUGUUGGGACAAAGGAGAGGUUUUGGAUCACCUUCGUGUAAUUUGGAUUCCAGAACAAGACAUCCGUCAGUCUAG